AUGGGCAGGGAUGUUGGCAGACAAAUUAGAGCAGGUGGGAGCAGAAAAAAGGAUGAGUCAUUGUUGACUCGAAUGGUUAAUGCUGUUUUUGCCUUUGUAAAGCUGGCGGAAUUUGAGUUACUCUUCUUUUUCUUCUUCCUAAUUGCUUUCAUCAUCUUCAAAGAUCUCACGUCGAGGCCUGAGUACAACCAAAUUCUUGUGAAGAAGCCUGGUGGCCCUGAAUUCUGGGCUUUCUAGAAAGCAUUGGAAGAGGUUUCCGCCAACUCUAGUUUACUUUUGAUUUUUUUUU